AUGAAGGCCAUUAAUGUCAACAAAUCUGGAAUGUUCAGAAUUCGAGCAUUCAACCGAAAUCAUACAUGUCCUUUAAAAGAUAGAGUUUAUACACAAAGACAUGUAACUAGCAAUUUAAUAGGAGGGAUUGUGAAACCUAAAUUUGUAGAUCAUAAGCGUAAAUAUACACCAGCUGAUAUAAGAAAAGAUGUUAAGAUUGAUCUAGGAGUUGAUGUUAAAUAUAUGUUGGCUUGGAGGGCCAGGGAGAAAGCGUUGAAAGCUUUGAGGGGUACACCAGCUGCAUCAUAUGCAAAGUUACCGGCGUAUUUGUAUAUGAUGGAUAUCACUUACCCGGGGUCUCAUAUACGUAUGAAAAAGAGUAUGAAUAAUGAGUUCUUGUAUCUAUUUGUUGCAUUGAAUACAUUUAUACAAGGAUUCAAUCAUUGUAGACCAGUAGUCGUGGUGGAUGGUAGUCAUCUGAGAGGUCCAUAUAAUGGGACAUUUGUUGCAGCAAGCACGACAGAUGGUGUUGUGUCUGAUAGAAAUGAGAGCAUUAUAAAGGCUGUUACAAAUGUAUACAGUAAUGUACCACACUAUGCUUGUAUGUGGCAUUUAUGGAAUAACGUUCAGAAAAAGUUUAGAAAAUCUCAUGAGAAGUUAUCUGGUGUAUUCUAUACAAUGGCAAAAGCUUGCACAAAGAAUGAAUUUGAUAUGUUAAUGGAUACUGUAGAAAAAGAAGAUAUAAGAGUGAAAGAGUAUUUGGAGUUAGCUGGAUAUGAAAAAUGGGCUCUUUGUUAUGCACAAGGACAUAGAGGAUGGCACAUGACAUCAAAUAUUGCUGAGAGUAUAAAUGCCGCACUUGUUUCAGCGAGAGAAUUGCCUAUUUUUGAAUUUCUCGAAGAGGUACGGCUAUUAUUUGGAAGGUGGAAUCAUGACUACAAGAAGGAGGCAACCUGCACAUUCACAUCGUUGAUUGAAAAAUACCAUGACAUACUAGCAGACAAUGAAGCAUUGAGCACAAGAAUGACGGUUGUACCGUCAACGGAAUAUGUGCACAAUGUUAAUGAUGAUGGGAGAUAUUUUGUAUACGAGGAAAUACCUUGUGAACAUGCUUGGGCUGUAUUGAAAUGGAAGAGUCUACCACCAGAUGAAUAUUGCUCAGAUUUAUACAAACCAAAGACAAUGUUGAAGACAUAUAAUAUGCCUAUAGAUCCUUUACCGGAUGUAAAGGCAUGGUUGAUUCCGGAUAGCGUUAUUGCUGAUGACGUAUUACCUCCAAAAUUUAAACGACCUCCGGGCAUGCCAAAGGGUAAGCCUCGAAAAAAAAUAGCAAGAGAGUUAUCGAGGAUUAAGGGGAAAAAUACAUGUAGCACAUGUGGAAUGGCAGGUCACAAUAGGCGUUCGUGUAGGAAUAAGCCAAAAGAUGUUUAA